AUGGCGCAGCUGGAAGAGGAGCACCAGGCCCUCAGCGUGGAAGUGUACGGCUGCCCAAAGCCGAAACACCAUCAUCGUAUGCACAUCAGCGAGCAGGCAGCUCGUCUGGGCUUGCUGGUGGACUCCGAAGCGGGAGAGGCUAAGCACCAAUCCUAUAAGGCCACGCUCGCCGACAGACUACAGCAGUUCACGGACAAGACAGUCCUGCAGCAGAACCUGCUGCCGCGGCUUUUGCAGGGGCAAAUGGACAAGAUGCACGAAGAGCAGCCCUUCAGGACCGGACUCCGCUCCACGCCCCAACCGAGCGUGUACUGCCCAGGUGCGAUGGCCUCAAGAACAGCCCGCACAUCCACGCACAUGACCAUCACGGAAGGUGAUGUGCUGCUGCUCUUGCCGCUGACAACCCACACGGCGGCUCAGGUGCGCGAGUGUGCACAGACUGCUGGGGGUUUGCUCUUUGCUGUGGAAACCUUCACGUUCGAGUCUUGGUUUGCAGCCAUGAGCUUCUUCACGCUGCACGGUUUUGCCGAGAUGUGCGAUGCAGCUUCCAGCGUCUGGAAGCGAACAACGGAGGUGGCGGUCUGGCUUGAAGAGAAAGUCGACCGCUGCGUGCAGCCUUCUUGGUGGCUGCAGGAGGAGAACACCGUCCUCUGUUUGCUGUGA